CACUCGGAUUCCCACCACCUUCCCAAAAACGUCUGGCACUGAGACAGCUGUAGACGCGAUACGAACCUUUCGGAAACAGAUCCUGUACUGGUCGAGAACGGUUCAGGGAGAUUCUUGCAGAUUGUGAAACACUCCUAUUCAUACGUAAUAUGGCAGACAACCUGGAGGGCCAGUCUUGCCUUUCGGAGCGGCUUCAGCUCCUCGAUCAGUUCGGUUACUCAAACAUCGAGAAGUUCCUUGGCGUUGGCAAGCACAGUAACAAGAACAUGCGGAACCGCACUAUUCGCAUUCUCGAAACCAUUGCGGUUUCACUGACAACCGGCAGCCCGGGAGAGGCCUUCGCUGCUGCAUUUGACAGCCGUAACACUCUCACGCUUGUGUUAGCAAAGAACGACUGUGUCACCGAUGAGGAUGAUCGGGCUGUUCGCUGCUUGUUCAACGCGAUCACUGCUCCAGAGACUCAGGAUGCUUAUGAUGUUUUGCCUUUCCUGCUUUCUCGUUGUGGGCGGAAUAUGGAGAAGCGAGUCACGAAGAUGCAUGACGCAGUGACCGCAUUCUCGCAUGACCUCGAUAUGGUCCUGAGGGACUACCAGCCCUUGGACUCCAUCGAGGACGAGUUUCCAAAAUCCGGAGUAUAUCGUGAAAAAAAGUAUGGUGGAAAACAAAUCUCAUCCACACAAAUGAUGCGUGAUCUUUUAGCGGAUAUCGCAAGAACGGCUCGGGAUUUCAAUUCCCAGAGUCUUUCGGCAAAGGACCUCUACGAGGGCCUUGCGGUCUACAUUCCCAUUCUCAAAAGAUCCCGUCUCCUGCGUUCGCUCUGCGAAGCCACUAAUUCUAUGGAUCUCGACCGGGAACUGGAGUUGGAAAGACUGAAACACCGUCUCGAAAAGGUUUCCCAGUAUUAUUAUGGAAUUAACAGCUUGAUCAGGUAUGCCAGGCGUUAUUUCCCACAGGGCAUUAAUCAUCGUUGGGUCGACGCUAUUCCGGGCACCGGUGAGACUACAAUUGUUCUGGACGACGACUACUUGGAAGCUGUGUCACGUGCACUCGGCAGCCGCCCCUCUGAGGAAACUCUAGCUACGCUGCGUACGGAGUUCCCGAAAAUGGAGGAGAUGUGGCGCAGCCGUCGUUCCGUCAAAGCUUCACGCCGAAAUCCAGAUCGUGCUUGAUCUCAGCAGCCCGCUUGAUACUUUGGAUCAUGAGCAUCAACAAUCUAUCGGCUGUGGCAAACGGAGCUGCCUAUGCUGCACAUUGUGGGUCCGGGCGUACAAUAGGACGUUCGAUACUCAAUGGCUGACGAGUGCCUCUCACGGCGAGUGGAAGGCAAGAGAAGUGCAAUUGAUAAAGCUGUCAUGAGAGGAGUCGAGACACGCUUGAGUAACACUCUGGAUAGUCUGUUUCCGGACC